GUCCUGGACCACUGCCCCAGUCCCAGCCUGGCCCCGGCGGUGGAGGCACCGCUGCUGGUGCCGGAGGCGGUGGAACUGCUGGAGAAGACCCUCCAUCAGGAGGACUACAGAACUUGGAAGAACCUCGGCAUCGCCUGGAACCAGACCAGGGCAGAGUACCCCAACGGGGAGAUGGUACCGCGCUACAUCCCCGUCUUCUCCGACGGGUGGCUGCCCCCACCGGCGGGUCAGUCGCCGGUCACCGCCCGGAGGGCCAAUCCUGCCCAAACGUCCUCCUUCCCCGUCCAGGGGAUGGCGCGAGCCCUGUACGAGUUUCAGGGCAGGAACCCGCAGGAGCUGAGCAGCAGGCUGGGGGACACGCUGCAGGUCCUGGACCAGCGGAAGAAGUGGUGGCUGGUGCAGGACAGUCUGGGACAGAAGGGCUACGUCCCCAGUAACAUCCUGGAGCCGCUGGGGCAGGGGAGGGGGCACAGCCCCAUCCAGGAGAGUCCCCCCAACCUGCACCCCGACUCCUCGCCGGCGGAGGUGACAGCCUGGCUCAACUACAAGGGUUUCUCCAAGAUCACGGUGCGGUGCCUGGGGGUGCUGACGGGGUACCAGUUGCUGGAGAUGAGUUCGGCGGAGCUGCGCGCCGUGUGUCCCGAGGAGUGGCGGCGAGUCCUCUUCAAGCUCUCCUCCGUC